CAAAAAACAAGUGGCUUUAAGAUGGCGACGUAUUCGUAAACUGUGCAAUAAAAACAAAACCGAUAGGUUUAAAUACUAGAACAAAAUGUAUACGCUUCUUCACGGAUUUUACCAAUACAUGGUGGAAAAAGAUGAGUUCUGCGUGCUUAUUCUGGGGCUGGAUAAUGCAGGAAAAACUACGUAUCUAGAGGCGGCAAAAACAAAAUUAACAAAAAAUUAUCAGGGGAUUCACCCUUCUAAAGUUACGACGACAGUGGGACUGAACAUAGGAAAAAUAGAUGUUAUGGGGAUAAGAUUAAACUUCUGGGAUCUCGGGGGUCAAAACGAAUUACAAUCCUUAUGGGAUAAGUAUUAUGAAGAAUCACAUGCCAUUAUUUAUAUUGUAGAUUCCUCAGAUAGGGACAGAAUUGAUGAAUCUAAAGAAAUAUUUGAUAAAAUGAUUGCCAAUGAAAAUAUAAGAGGGAUACCUCUUUUGGUUUUGGCUAAUAAGCAGGAUAUACCUGAAUGUAUGGGGGUUAGGGAAGUGAAGCCUAUUUUUAAUAAAAAUGCCCAUCUCAUUGGAAAAAGGGACUGCAUGGUUAUGCCAGUUUCGGCUUUAACAGGUGAUGGAGUGGAUGAAGGCAUAAAAUGGUUGGUGGAGUGCAUCAAAAGAAAUACUUAUCUGAGGCCCCCAAGAAAUCAUGAAGAAUCAUAAUUAAAGCUUUUCUGUGUUUAAUUUUUUUUAAUAAAUAAA